GGUGUUUUGAAAGCAGUGCUCUGUUGUCUUAGUUGUAAAGGGUUCCAUGGACGUUCUCGUGAGGUUGUUGUGGAGCCUGUCUUGGCACAGGGUGGUGCUAAGAAGAAAUUGAAAGUGAGGAAGUUGCCUUCUAGUUCGCCAGUGUUGGAUCCUGAGAGGGAGAAUACUGUUCCGCCUUAUCCGGGUGAAGUGAAUCCGACACCCGUUGUUAUGCAACCGGUUGGGCAGCCUAUCAUGUUUCCGGCUUAUCCUCCUGCUGGGUUUGUGCCACCUUUAUUUCCACCCUGGAGUCAUGCCGUUCCACCUGCUGGAGUUCGCCCUGGUCUAUAUCCUGAUGUGAGCGUAUUUGCUGGAGUCGAUCAGGGUGGUCAGGCACAUGAGUCUUCCGUUCAACCCGGAGCUGGAAUUGUUAACGCCGGUUCUCAGGGUCUUGUAGUGCAUCCAGUUGAUCUGUGUGCUGGUGAAGUUAAGCAGGACGGAGCGACCGGAAUGAUGAAUGUCAACGGGAUGGAGGAGCGAGCUACUGUUAGUUCUAAUCUGGACAAGGGAGGAAUCGAUCUUAGGGUGCAAUCCGGAGAUUUGAAUGUAACCACGAGGGAGGGGAGAGUUGACAAUAAUCCUGAGCUGGGAAAAGGAGGAAUCAAUCCUGGAAUGCCGUGUGGAGAUUUGAAUGUAACUACGAGGGAGGGGAGAGUUGACAAUAAUCCUGAGCUGGAAAAAGGUGAAAACAAUCCUGGAAUGCCGUGUGGAAAUUUGAAUGUAACUACGAGGGAGGGUAGAGUUGACAAUAAUCCUGAGCUGGAAAAAGGAGAAAUAAAUGUUGAGGCAGUUUAUGAAAAUAUAGCGGAUGCUACAGAAAAUGGAACUAGUGCGGAGCAUGUUUCCAGAGGUCAGGAAGCUCAUGUUAAGCAGAUUGCUGUGUUGGGUGAAUAUACCGAUGGUACCCCUAAACAGACUUAUAGGAAGACUCCUUAUCCUCCUCCUACUAGUUCCGUACCUGGUGGAUCUAGCCCAGCGUUUGAGGCUUUUGUGCGGCAGAUUGGAACUGUGAAGGAUGGAUGUCCUGAGAUAGCUUUUAUGGGACAGCUCACCCCGUUUGCGAAGGGUGGAGCUGUCCAGCAUACUCCGCCUGCUCAGAGCGGUACUGUUCAGUCUGUUCCGCCUGUCUUGGACGGAACUGUAGUAUUUACUCCUCUUGCACGGGGUGGUGCUAAUCUUCAUACUCCACCUGCUCCUGGUCGGCCGAAAAGAAGUGUUCAGACUGUUAAAAAAUAUAGCAAGUGAUAUGAUUAUAUCACGAGACGAUUAAUCUGUCUGUAAUUAUCUUAAUUACUGAUUUAUUAUUUUUUUGUGAGACGAAAAAGCAGAUUCUGUUAAGAACAGUUAUUUUUAUCUGUUUUUAUUUAGCAGGUUACAGUUAAUUAGGCUGUUUUAUAACAGUUAAUUGGGCUGUUUUGUAAAUUUUUUCGUAUAAGAUGCAAAGAAUAAAAUAUGAGGAAUUUGAAAGUUAUCUUUGAAAUGUUUAUGUUAUUUUCAGA